CUUAUUCUAUGCUUAUUCUCUAUGUUGUGUGGUUUGAUAGUCGCGCGAACACGUCGGAAAAUGAUGGAGUGGGAACGUUUUGUCAAAAGCCAGUUCAUAUGUUUGAUUUUUUUUUGACGCGUUGUGUAGCUAAAAUAUCAAAUAAUAUGACAUAAACAAACGAUAUUGUCAUGGAGUGUAAGUUAUUUAUGUUAUGGUUGCUGCCCAGUUUCGUGUUCCACUUGUGUAUCUGCGUCGAUCAAGCGUCAUUCUACGGUAGCAGUCAUAUCUCAUUGCCAUUCCAAGAAGCCAAGAGUUCCACAGAUGUGCAUUUUCGGUUUCGGACUCUUCUACCCAAUGCCUUAAUACUCCUAGUGGCAGGCACUACUGACUACUGCAUUGUUAGAUUAGAAAACGGCAGAAUUAAAAUUAACAUUAACCUAGGAGCCGGCGAAUCAGAGCUCCUAUCCCAACACAAUUUCAAACUAAAUGACUUCAAAUGGCAUGAGGUUACAAUCACCAGGAGGGAAGCUAAUUUGUCAAUGCAAGUUGACAAGGCACCACUUGUACAGAAACAACUUCCUGGACAAUUUUUUGAAUUAAAUAUCCACUAUGGCCUCUUUAUUGGCGGUCAUGGGAACUUCUCGGAAAUUUUUUUUGGACAUCUUGACAAUUUUAGAGGAUGUUUAUCAGAGUUAAGCUAUAACGGCGUAAUGGUCCUUGAACAAGCAAGGCUUCGUCAACUGCAAUCAAUUGUUCAACGAAUAACUUGGAACUGUGCGAGCGAAUUCGAAGCCACAUUCGAGCAACCAAUUAGUUUUGUAGAAGAUGACGCAUUCAUGUUGCUGUCACGAAAUUUUUACUCGAAAGAAAUCAAAAUCCAAUUCGAUAUUAAGACAAAAACGACUCAAAGUAUUUUGUUUUAUAACAUAGGACGGGGUACAAAAUUCGACUUUUUCCUUAUCGAAAUAUGGAAAAGUAAUAUUCGAUGUAUAAUCAAAAGCGAAUCAACAAAUACAGAAAUUGUAAAUAACGAGUACAUUGCUGAUGGACAUUGGCAUAAGGUACAUGUACAUAUUAGUCCAACGCUCAUCGAAAUUAGUGUAGAUGGAAAAAUGAAAAACGAGAAGAACGGCCACGGACACGGCUUCCAAUUAAGCGAAAACGUGUACAUCGGUGGCCUGGAAGUGAGCAAACGCUCGCGCGCUAUGUCCAAGGGCUGCAAAUAUUGCGAUGCAACCUUUAAAGGCUGCCUGAAACACAUUAUUAUAUCUGACGUGAAAGUCGGACUGUCAGAUGUCACCGUGAGCGAAGGGUUGCUGUCAGGGUGCGUAUGGCACUACCCUUGUGGACAAAACCCGUGCAAAGACGGCAGCGUUUGCGUCCAGAAGGGUCUCGACUCAUUCCAGUGCCACUGUCAAGAGGAAUUUUGCGUUAAACACAAUUUUACUGAAGGAUACAAAGUCUUCUCACACAAUAGUCUUGCCACAGAUUUAGAACUACUCUCAGUUGAACCUUUGAGUGUUCUAGAAGGCCAGAGUGCCAUAGUUACCACGAAUAAUUUAUACAUGAUACUUGAUUAUCAAAAAUUCGGGAUCAAAGAUUCUGGGAUUAAUUUUUAUAUAGUUGAAGGACCGAUGCACGGAACUAUCGAUACGUGGCCUCAUGAGAAAAAAUCAUUUUCACUUGCCGAUAUUUUAAAAGAUAAGGUCCAUUACAUACAUGAUGGCUCGGAGUUUUAUCAAGAUAUUGUAGUCCUCGAAGUGGAAUUCUCGCCAGAUAAAUCCUUUAUUUUGCCAGGAUAUUUACAGGGUAGAUUUAGAUUUAGUUUAUCUGCAAAUAUAGUCCCGGUCAAUGAUCUUCCGCUAUUGAGUGCUUCUGAAUCUACAGUUUUACGUAUCGUACAGGGCACGAAAAAACCAAUAGAUUCGGAUCUUUUCAAAGUGAAAGAUCCAGAUAGUCCCCCCGAGCAAAUCAUUUACAACAUAAUUAAAUCAGACAUUGGGCAUUUCGAGCACAGGAACAAAGAAGGAACCAAAAUCAAUUCGUUUAGUCAAAAAGAAAUCGAAGAAAAGAAAAUUAUGUUCGUACAUCAUAGCAAUUCACAAAAUGAUUCGUUUAUUUCGUUGCAAGUCUCAGACGGGAUUGAAACAAGCCCCGUGACUAAAAUCCGCGUUUCUGUUUCGCCGCAAUAUUGGCGGUUGGAAAACAACACCGGCUUGAUUGUUUUACACCAAACUUCAGCAAUAAUCACGCCUUUUAAUUUGAGCUUUACGUCAAAUGUUAUGGGGGUGGACCAUAAAAUCCAAUUUCAUGUUGUCAAAAAACCGUCUUAUGGCGUCAUAGAAGUUGAAAAAAAUAUGAACGUUUGGGAAUCAUCCGAAAUUUUUACCAACAUUGAUUUGAAACAGCAUCGAGUAAGAUACAGGCAUACGACAUCAAAGCCCGAGUUUGACGAAUUUCAGUUCAAACUAACUUUAGAUAAAUCGUCUGUAUACACGUUUCGACUAACUUUUGUUAAAUGUUCCUUAACAAAUGUGAAUACUAAGUCGUUGUUAUUUUUGAACGAGACUUGGGAAGCAACUUUGUCAUCUGAAUAUUUGUCCUUUCAUACACAACCGAUUAAGACAUUACCAACUUCGAUACACUACGUCAUAACGUCACCUCCCCGCUACGGCUAUCUUUUUUCUUCGAUGUCGAAGUAUAAAUUACGAUCUUGUGACACAUUUACCCAAGAAGACAUCCAGUCCCAAAAUAUAAAAUACAAGUUCCACCAGAAGCCCUACUCUUAUGUUAACGAUAGUUUUCAAUUUAUUGUCUUAUCUCCAGGUUGCAAAAAUCUGACCCACAAUUUUAACAUCAUUUACAAGCCGCUUGAUGAAGUCUCGUUGAAAGUCAUCUUCCAUUCGAAACCACUAAUUGUGGACGAGGGAGCAAGCGAGACGAUUGAUUUAACACAUUUAAAUAUUAAAUCGUCAAUUGUGACCGAACUCGUGUUCAACAUUACCCAAAAACCCCAAUUUGGUGUUUUACAAAUAAGUUCGCAAAAUGAGCGCAACGAUAGCGAUUUUUUCACUUCGAAGGAACUCAAGUCGAGACAAGUUUAUUAUAAACACGACGGAUCUGAAACUCGCCACGAUGGGUUUCUUUUCAGUGCGCUUUCCUCAAACGAGCAGAACUUCCAAUACGUCGGCGAAUUUAAAAUCGAAAUAAAUCUCAAAAACGAUAACAGUCCUGUCAGGGCGAUCGAUAAAGUGUUCCAUGUCGUUGUCGGUGGAGAACGCAUUGUGACAGGGAAUGACUUGAAAUAUUCAGACGCUGACUUAGACACGACACCUGCGCAAAUUAUUUACACAUGUAGGGAAUCACCGAAUGGGAAUUUUUAUUACGUCGGGAAUCGAACACUUAAAAUUAAAGAAUUCUCACAGAGUGAUAUCGACAAUAACCGAAUUUUAUUUCGACACAAAGGGCCCGAAUAUGCCAAAGUCAGACUAUGGGUGACUGAUGGCAAGUUUCAUGUCAAUGGAAUAUUAGAAGUCCAAGCUUCGGCACCCUUCAUCCAUGUACACCACAAGAAGAAAUUGAUUGUGCAACAGAGCAGCUUGGCAGUUGUUACUGAAGAGAGUUUAUCCUACGCUACAAAUGUUUUUGCCUCCGAUAUUGAUGUCAUUUUUGAAGUUACGUCUCAACCGACUUCGGGAAGACUAGUCAAUACUAAUAAUUUAAAGUCAUUAUAUAAUUUUACUCAAGCCGAUGUUGUCUCGGGUCGGGUUAGUUACAUCAAUGAGGUUUCUAAUUCUGACGCAGAUGAAAUCGAGUUGACAGUUAGGUGUAAAGAUGCCGUUAAUGUUGCUCAAUUGGGUGUUUUGAUACUACCGUCCACUUAUUGGGAACCACUUGAAAUCAAAAGUGUUAAUAAGUUAAUAGUUGAAGAAUCAACUAGUGCAAUUAUCACCAAAAAUAUUUUAGAGAUAUCACAAAUAAACGUACCACCUUCCGCAAUUUAUUACUACAUAACGCAACCACCUGAAAACGGUUAUAUAAGUACAAUACCUGAUUCAAAACGCUCUGACUACGAACCCAGCAAUGUAUACUAUUUUACUCAGGAUUUGAUAAAUGAGAAUCGGAUUUUAUACAUCCAAUCAGCUGCGAAUCAAACUCGGGAUAAAAUCGUUUUUAAUGUAACAAACGGAAUGGUUUGGCAAAACGACGUUACUUUACGAAUCGAAAUUAUCCCCGAACAAAUCUAUUUAGGGAGUAACAAUGUAACAGUAAACGAAGGUGGCGUUACCACGUUAUCUACCUCACAUCUUUUUAUAUUGACUGAUUAUUACAAAAGCAAAUCGCAAGUACAGUAUUUACAAUAUGCGAUUUUACAAGACGCUCGUCACGGUUGUAUCCAAAUCGACAAAAGGUGCAAUAAAUUGAACAAAUUCUCUCACAAAAAAUUACUCGGGGGCAGCAUAAGUUACGCUCACGACGGUUCAGAGAAUCUUGUUGAUGAAAUCAAAUUAACUGCAGUUGUUAACCAGAAGAGAAGCAAUCCGGUGACACUCAACGUCAAUGUGUUACCGGUCAAUGACCAAAAACCGAAGCUAGUCAAUAAUACAGGACUCGUAAUGUGGGAAGGUGGCGUAGAAGCAAUAACAAACUCAAUGUUGGCUGCAAUAGACAACGAUAAACCAGGUGAUACUUUAAAAUAUCAAGUUAUAAACAGUUGGUGGGGCAGCCUGGCGCUUAAGUCAGACUUGGCAAAUUCAGUCAAUCAUUUCACCCAAGAACUCAUCAACCUAGGAAUGAUCGUGUUUAAAAACCAAGAUGGACGCGAGGCAAAAUUUACGUUUAAUAUAAGUGAUGGAUUACACACAACUGAACAAUAUACAUUUCACAUAAAAACAAAACCGGUUCAGUUACAAAUGCACUGUAGGUCGCUCCACAUUUUCCCAUUACAACGAAAAUACAUCACGUCGUCACAUCUGCUCACAACAAUCUCAGACCCGACUCGAGUUGUUACAUACGAUGUUGUCACACCUCCAACCCUCGGCCGUCUCAUGAUGGAAUCGGCGGAAACGCCAGGGAUUUACAAAGUCGUCUCAACUUUCACCCAACAUGACUUGAACGACAGCAAAGUGUUCUACGAGCACACGCACCAAUUUUCCGAUUUGUACGCCAACGAUUCGUUCGUUUUUAACGUCAAGGCCCAUCUCGCGCGCAGUUUGCACAACCAGACUUUGAAAAUCGACAUAUCCGUUUCUUCCGGUGGUUUGGACGCUUAUGUGACCAUUCCGAAGAUCACGGUUAAUGAAGGGGGGAUUACCACCGUUCCGCUGAAUUUAUCCCGAGUGAUUACCUUCCUUGAGAACCAUGCCGGGAUUCGUUCGCCGAUUAUUCACGCUUCGGCUAGUGUUCCCCAACAUGGGGUGAUCUUCCUCCAGCAUAAUCACAACAUCAGCACCUUCACGCAACAGCAGUUGGAGUCGGGUCAGGUGUAUUACGAACAUGACCAUUCGGACUCACUUGGGGAUAAUAUCCACUUUUCUUUGUAUCUGAUUCCCGGUUAUGUCAUUUUGUGUAAUAUAACAGUGCCUAUUAGUAUUAAUCCGAUUAAUGACCAACCGUUUAAUUUGGUUACACCGGCCCCAAGUUUGACAGUGGUGCAAGGAGAGAACCAUACGAUCACUAGAACGGAACUGGCGACUGAAGACGCGGAUACUCCGCCCUCGAAGAUCAAGUAUGAUAUAAUUUCUGGGCCGCAUCAAGGGAGAUUAGUGUUGUUGCCGGAUAGAGUUCCUGUGACUUAUUUCACUCAAGCCGAUAUUGAUAAUAAAUUGUUGGUUUAUAUACACAAUAGUUCGGUUUUGGUCGAUUCGUUUCAUUUUCGAGUUUGGGAUGAAUCGUUCCGGCCUGAAUUUAAGUUGUUUAAUAUAAUCGUCUUGCCGAUACAGAUAAAUAUCUCAGCGGGAUUACCUGUGUAUUUGCAGCAAGGCUCAGAUGUUAUGUUCCUAUCUGAAAAACAGUUUUUUAUUGAAACGAAUGCAAAUCAAUAUAAAAUUCGGUAUACGGUGAAGCGUGAGCCGAAACGUGGGGUGCUCUACGUCCAGGAUGCGCCCUCUCUGGUGUUCACCCAAAAUGACUUAAAAAAUGACUACGUUAUGUACUUACAAACUGACAUGACCGCCGCUAAUGACACAUUUAAAGUCAUCGGCGAGAUUAUUUCCGGCAAUACUUCAGUAGGAAACGAAGUUGAUGUAACAAUAAAAGUACAGCCAUUGAUGCAGAUACGAAACUUCACAGUCAUAACUGGGGAGUACAACCGACUUACAUUAAGUGUUCUUGAUGCUACACCUUUAGCGAAAUUAACCAAUAGCAAUCCUCGAUAUACUGUCAUACAUUUACCGACUUGUAUCCAAGUGAAAAAAGUAAUAAGAAGUUCAGGCGAAAAGCGCCAUGUUUUAAAUACAGUGAUAACGUCGUUUAGUCAUGACGAAGUACAAAGUGGUUUAAUAUAUUUAUAUGUGAAAAAUAUCGAACUACCUUGGAACGGCCUACAGGAACGUUUAAUUUUCCUACUCGCCGCUAGUAUUUUCCAACCAGCGGUUGGUGAAUUAAAGUUAGACAUUAAGUCGUCGAUUAGUAAUGAAAUCCACUCGACUUUAGCUGGGCCCAGUGACCCAGCCGGGCAUGAAGGCGGCUUGCAUUUUGCGAGUCCUAACAUGACCCGAGACUAUUUCCUCAUUGUGAGUAUGGUUGCUGGUGUGAUUAUACUCGGAGUUGCUGUAAUCGUUGUCAUUAAAUGUCGCUCGUUAGAAGCUGAAGAAUUGAAGAAAGAAGAAGAGUGUUUGCAACCUAUACCCCUACCGAGACCUCCUGACCGGUUAUUGGCGUCACCUUCGCCCCUAAAGCAGCACCAUUUAGAUGGAUUCACCCCACCGCUACCCACAGCACUGCCACAGUGUAAAGUAACUCCACUCAGUAGAAGUGAGCUUGAAUCGCAUGCGUGUUACCCCUACGGUGUGGAUGAGCAACAUUCAGAUGACUGGAGUAGUUGCGAAGCAUCAGACCCAACGUGUCCCUCUAAAAACAUUAUGCUGCGUAGGAACCAGUAUUGGGUUUAACAUUUUAACCCGACUUUUCAUAACCUAUCAGUGUAUAGGUCUGUGGUGUAUUUAUACAAAAAUUACGAAACAUUUUUUACGGAACUUUUAUUUUAUUUCUUACUUACGGAUUCACUAGAUAGAGUUUUUGUUAUUAUUUUUAUAUACAAUAUAGGCUUAGAGUGAACCAAUUGCAUUGUUUCAUUGCUACGGUAUUGUAGGUAGGUACAGGUACUCAUUUUUACUUUUUGCUAUGUUUGAAUAAAUAUUAUCUUAUUUUGAA